AUGAACCGCCCUCGAUUCCCACAUCAGUUCCAACCUCCUCGUCCGUAUGUUCCUCUCUUCAGUCGUCUCCCCAUGUCUGUCAUGGUCGAUAUCAUGGUUUCAAUGACUUUCGCCGACCUCUUCUCCUUCAUCCGGACAUCGCACGUCCAUUACUACAUAUUCCGGAUUUUUCAUGCCCAAAUCAUCACCCGCCGCGUCCGCGGCCUCUUCGGCCGCUGCAGCCCCGAGAUCCUCACAAUCCUGCACUUUCAGCGCCCCACUACUCUCCAUGCUCCCCUCGCAACGGUUCCAAAGGACUUCUUCCUCAUUCCCACCGACAUCCCCAACCUCCGCAAGAGCUACAGAGUCUUCCUCAGCGUCGAAAAGAAAUUCUACGAGCAGCAGCGUGCUACACGUCUUGCCCAUGCGGCGACUGGAAGACCCUUCAACGGAGAGGUGACCAUCUCACUGGGCCGCUUCUAUGUGGCCUGGCUACACUCCCUCCAGUUCCAGUACGACGACAUGACCCCGUUCCUGGCGCGCCAAAGGUUGUCGCGGAGAAUCCUCAACAGCUUGCCCGACCUUUCGGCGGCGGUGCUGGCCUGUGACGCCUAUGAGCUGAUGAAUGAGUUGACGGCGAAGCGUGUGGUCGCUGGGAGGCCGCAUGUUCCAGAUAUGUUCACUUCAUAUGUAAAGUCGAGGUCGUCUUACCUCACCAAGCCAGAGCACUUUGAGGGCCGUAAUGAGAUCGUGAGGAUGAAGCUUGUGCACCAUUUUGAGAUCAAAGUGCUCUCCGAUUUUCCGGCCGAUGAUUGGAUGGAGGCUAUUAAGACCCCCUAUUUUAGCGGGAUGGUCGAGGAGUUGAUGGAUGAUUUUGGGGACGGAGAAGGGGAUAACAUUAGGAGAAUCGUUGGGAGAAGUGGGAUUGAGAAGUCGGCUUGCCCGGAGUAG